CACCUCGCCAUAGGCCAAACCUCACUUCUUGCAAAGGCUACAAACCUCCGUAAAUCUCUCAUUAAUCAUCGCCCCUCUUAAGGAUCACGACAGCCUAUGCGACAUGCUAGCACUCUCACUUGCCUAUGCCGCAAAAAGAGAGUCUCUGGUGGUGAUACGCUGCGGGUUUGACUCUUGAUCCAUGCUCCAGUCUGUGUUGAAGCGCCCGUGGCUUCAAAUGACGGCCAACUCAGCACAACAUCUACUCUACUAUUUUCGCCGUCAAGCAACCUCUUAUCAACUUUGGCCAACAUCGUAUGAGCUUUUGCCAAUUUCAUCUGGACAUCAGGAGACACCAGUUACAACGAAACAAAGACACCAAUCCAGAAAUGCCAUCAUGGUCCUCCUGGUGGCCCUCCAGUUGUUGAUCGGUGGUAUAAGUAGUGGCUGGAUCCGCACAACGUCAUACCCCGUGGCAAACUAUCCAACCCUUAGCGAUGCCACUAUUGAACGCUCACUGCUGGCCUUACAAGCAACACAUUCACCAGCGUCGAUCUUGUCAAAGCGUACCUCUCCCGGAUAGCAGAGGUCAAUAGUACAUUUCAUGCUGUAACUGAGGUGAACCCUAAUGCUCUGGAUAUUGCGGCCAUGUUGGAUGAUGAGCGCUCGGCAGGAUCUAUUCGUGGGUAAGGAUGAUGGCG